ACCCCUGUCGCACCGCAGCCGCCGGCCAUGGCCUGCCUCACCGACCUCGUCAACCUCAACCUCUCGGACAACACCGAGAAGAUCAUCGCGGAAUACAUAUGGAUCGGUGGAUCUGGCAUGGAUCUCAGGAGCAAAGCAAGGACCCUCUCCGGCCCGGUGACCGAUCCCAGCAAGCUGCCCAAGUGGAACUACGACGGCUCCAGCACGGGCCAGGCCCCCGGCGAGGACAGCGAGGUCAUCCUGUACCCGCAGGCCAUCUUCAAGGACCCAUUCAGGAGGGGCAACAACAUCCUUGUGAUGUGCGAUUGCUACACCCCAGCCGGCGAGCCAAUCCCCACCAACAAGAGGUACAACGCCGCCAAGAUCUUCAGCAGCCCUGAGGUCGCCGCCGAGGAGCCGUGGUAUGGUAUUGAGCAGGAGUACACCCUCCUCCAGAAGGACACCAACUGGCCCCUUGGGUGGCCCAUCGGUGGCUUCCCCGGCCCUCAGGGUCCUUACUACUGUGGAAUCGGCGCCGAAAAGUCGUUCGGCCGCGACAUCGUGGACGCCCACUACAAGGCCUGCUUGUAUGCGGGCAUCAACAUCAGUGGCAUCAACGGGGAGGUGAUGCCAGGGCAGUGGGAGUUCCAAGUCGGGCCUUCCGUGGGUAUUUCUUCAGGCGACCAGGUCUGGGUCGCUCGCUACAUUCUUGAGAGGAUCACGGAGAUCGCCGGUGUGGUGGUGACGUUCGACCCGAAGCCGAUCCCGGGCGACUGGAACGGCGCCGGCGCGCACACCAACUACAGCACGGAGUCGAUGAGGAAGGAGGGCGGGUACGAGGUGAUCAAGGCGGCCAUCGAGAAGCUGAAGCUGCGGCACAGGGAGCACAUCGCGGCCUACGGCGAGGGCAACGAGCGCCGGCUCACCGGCAGGCACGAGACCGCCGACAUCAACACGUUCAGCUGGGGCGUGGCCAACCGCGGCGCGUCGGUGCGCGUGGGCCGGGAGACGGAGCAGAACGGCAAGGGCUACUUCGAGGACCGCCGCCCGGCGUCCAACAUGGACCCCUACGUGGUCACCUCCAUGAUCGCCGAGACCACCAUCAUCUGGAAGCCCUGAGCGCCGCGGCCGUUGCGUUGCAGGGUCCCCGAAGCGAUUGCAAAGCCAUUGUUCCUUCCGUUCCGUUUGCUUAUUAUUGUUAUUAUCUAGCUAGAUCAUCUGGGGGUCAGGUCGUCGUGGUGUGCCAAAACAGAACACAGAAAGAGGAAGAAGAAAAAAAAAACAAGACGUGUGGCGUUUAUGUUAUAUCAUCCAAUAAUGGCCGUACCACACUUGUGGUACCUUUCAGUA